AUGAUACUGACAUAUCGCACAGAACUCCAGCCAGGGAAGAACAAGAAAGGCGUGCAUAUAUCGGGUCCAAAGGCUGUUCACUCCAGUGAUGACCAGAUUACGCAGAAGAAGCCAGCGUUCGAACCACGAGAGCGCGCAAAAUUGACACCUCCAUCAUCACUACCAGAUGAAUUAUGGUUGCCCAUCCUGCAAUGUCCUUGCCCAUUUCCUCCGGAACUGUUCAGCCGAGUAAUGCUCAACAUGGUCAAGAACCCAAACGUCACCUCAAGCCAUCUCUUCCGUGCAGACAUCUUCUAUGACAGCGACAAUGACCAAUACUUCGAUCCAAGCACAACGGAGUAUCCUUCCAAUGGACUGGCGAAGCAUCUCAAGGCAGAGUACCAACCGCGUUCAGCCCAAUGGCCGGGAGCACAGCUUACGAGAACCAUUGUGCGCCAGCUUAUCCCUCGGAAUCCUCAGCUAGAUCGACCUUUGGUACAAACAUGCCACUUCUUCCGGCGCCUUGAUGGUGGAAAGGAAGAUACUGUGGUAAUGUACGUACCGCACGUGGACAACGCCGACGAAAUGCCCUUCUAUCACCCUGCAGUGUCACAGAUCGCCUUUACUCACACAUGGUCAACACAUGGAGCCUCCAUUUCAGCAUCUAAUGAGCACCAAGGCACAAUGACUCUGCUGUACCGUCUAUAUUCGGGCACAACGAUCACCACAAAGCAAGAGCGUACGGCCCUCAAACUCCUGCAGACUAUUCACAAGCAUGGUCAAGGCCAACUCCUUGGCUACGAGAAACGUGUCCACCUUGACAGGAUCAUACCUCAAAAACGCUACCAGGACACAUAUUCAGUGAUGAAAGCGAAAUAUGGCAAGAUGCUUUCCGAGCAGUGGGUUGAGCACACAGACCCAGGCAAGCACGUGUUCGAAGAUAUCGGCAUCGCGGCGUUCCUGGUUGAACUUUGGCGAGAUAUGUUCGAGGUGCCCAUGAAAGAGUUUACUGCAUCGGAGGAGAAGGCUGCCGUGUCAUCGAAACCACCCUUCCCAGGCUUCGUUGAUAUAGGCUGCGGCAACGGGGUCUUGACCUAUAUCCUGCUCACCGAAGGCUAUCAUGGCUGGGGUUUCGAUGCUCGCCGACGCAAAACUUGGGAGACCUUCCCAGCGUCCGUGCAAGACCAGCUGAAGCAAAGCAUUCUUGUUCCCAACAUCUUCAUAACCGAUUGUGAUUCGGACCACCAAGGUGUAUUUCAUGACGGAAUUUUCGAUCCUGAGGCUUUCAUCAUCUCCAAUCAUGCAGACGAGCUGACCCCAUGGACGCCUCUACUGGCUUUUCUGAACAACUCUGCCUUCAUUGCCAUCCCCUGCUGUAGCCACGAUCUAGCAGGGGCUAGAUUCCGAGCGCCAACAACCACGAAAGCCAUCAAGAAAGCACCUACCAGGCUUCCCCAGCAGGUGGAAGUGCCUGCCGGUGACGCCGAUGAUGAAGACAGACCGAGCAAACACCAGGCAGCCGAAACGGGAUCCCUCAAGAGGUCGGAGGCGCAACGCAAGAUACCAUCAGCAUACUCUACGCUGUGCUCGUAUGUGCGCAGCCUGGCGAUAGAACUUGGUUUCCUACCCGAAGAGGAUGUGCUGCGCAUACCAAGCACGAGGAACUCCUGCAUCUUAGGACGGAAUGGUACAAGCGCUUCCGCCGAGAAUAGCGAGAAGAGAGAUGUAGUCAAGCGGCUGAUCGAAAGGGAGUUGAAGCGAGACAUUGAAGCCAUCGGCGCACAGUGGAUCGAGAAUGCCAGGAAGCUGAUGAAAAAGCCCAGCAGUGGCCAUUGA